UGAUUACAGUGAGUAUAAAUGUUGCUGCUCAGACUCAACACUUCAGAUUCUGAUGAAUCUCUGAACCAACCCAUCUCCAAGAUGAAGUGGUUACUCAUUGCUCUCGCUUGUGUUCAGCUCUCUGAAUGUAUGAUCAGAGUGCCUUUGAUUAAGGGCAAAUCUGCCCGUGAUGUUCUCCAGGAGAAAGGAUUGCUGGAAGACUUCCUGAAGAAACAUCCAUAUGAUCCCUGCUCAAAAUUUGAAGGACCCUUAUUCUCCCAAUCCCUGGAUUCAUCAGAACCAAUGAUUAACUACCUGGAUCUGUCAUACUAUGGAGCAAUCAGUAUUGGAAACCCACCACAGAGCUUCACUGUUGUCUUUGACACUGGCUCAUCCAACCUCUGGGUACCAUCAAUUUAUUGUUCCCAACAACCAUGUGUGACACAUCACAGAUUCAACCCAAGCAAGUCGUCAACAUAUCAUUCCAACAACCAGGAUGUAUCCAUUCAGUAUGGUACAGGCAGUAUGACUGGAAAACUGGGAUAUGACACAGUCAGAGUCUCAAACAUUGCUAUCCACAGUCAAGAAUUUGGGUUAAGUAUAACCGAACCUGGCAGUUUCUUUACCUACGCUAAAUUUGAUGGAAUUUUGGGUUUGGGCUACCCAUCUCUUGCAGCAUCAGGGGCUACAACUGUAUUUGCGAACAUGAUCUCUCAGCAACUAGUGGAUGAGCCUCUCUUCUCUGUCUACCUGAGCAGAGAGGGUGGUGUGUCUGGAAGUGAAGUUGUAUUUGGCGGAGUUGAUUCAAGUCACUACACUGGUCAAAUUAACUGGGUUCCUGUUACAUAUGAUGCCUACUGGCAAAUCCUCAUCGACAAGGUGACAAUCAAUGGUCAGGUUGUGGCCUGCAGUGGAGGUUGUCCUGCCAUUGUUGAUACUGGCACUUCUCUUCUUGUUGGUCCCAGCACUCCCAUCAACAACAUUCAGCAGUCCAUUGGAGCUACUCCAACUUACUAUGGCCAGUACACCAUAAACUGUAACAAUCUGAACAACAUGCCCAAUGUGGUCUUCACAAUCAAUGGAGUGGAUUACCCUCUUCCCGCACAGGCCUACGCUUUGCAGCAAAAUUUCAAUAACCAACAAAGCUGCUCCAGCGGAUUUGGCGUUACUGGUGGAAGCCUCUGGAUUCUGGGAGAUGUUUUCAUUCGAGAAUAUUAUUCCAUUUUUGACAUGGGAAACAACCGUGUGGGCUUGGCUAAGGCCGUUUAGUUUUUUGACAUUUAUAUUGUCAAUGAAACCAGAUUCUAAUUUGUAAUUUUGAGUUGAUGUUAAUCCAUCGCAUGAUUUCUCAGUGCAACAGCUGUCAUCAAGCUGCAAUUGUUUUUGUUUGCUCUUAGGCUGCAGGCAUCACUGCUAAAGCCAGCAUUCGUUGUCCAUCUAUAAUUGCCCUUGAGAAGUGUUAAGAACCAACUAUUUUGCCAAAGAUCUGGAGUCACAUGUAGGUCAGAUCCAGUAAGGAUGGUAAAUUCCAUCCCCUGAACGCCAUUAGUGAACCAGACACAUUUUUAUAAUCAACAAUAAUUGUUUAAUGGUGACCAUUACAAAUACUAGUUUUCAAUUCCAGGUUUAAAGGAAAAAACAUCUACUACUUUUGUGGACAUGAGCACAUGUCUCUGCAAUGUUAAUCUGGGCCUCACGAUUGCUGGUCCAGUGAUAUCGCCAAUGAAUAGAUGAACCUUUACAAACCAAGAUAUACUAUUGGCUACUUUGCUGGGGCUAAUGCUCAAUGCUCUGCACUGAAUUAUAAACAAAAAUAAUGAAUAUGGAAAUAACAAAUAAAUAAAUCACUACUCAGUCUUAA